AAAAAAAAAAAAGAAAAAAGGGGAAGCUGUCAUGCGUCUGUAGCGCGCGCGCCUUCCUUCAUUCGACGCCGGAAAGUGAAUCGCAAGUGUAUCUGAGCGAGCGCGCGCGCACACACACACACGCGCGCACGCACGCACGCACGCGCCGCGGUGUCGGAUGAAAAAGACAGAGCGCGAGAGAGAGAGAGAGAGAGAGAGAGAGUGCGCGCGCGCGCGCGAGAGAGAGACAGAGAGAGAGAGAGAGAGAGAGAGAAGCGUCUCCGGUUUUUAUCCGCUUCGUCGCUUUCCAGCCGGACCGGAGAAGAGGAGGAGGAGGAGAGAAGAGAAGAGAAGAGAAGAGAAGAGAAGAGGGCAGAAGAGAAGAAGAGAAGAGAAGCGAAGCGCCGCCCGCUGUUCCGUGUGGCUCCUCCGCCGCUGCUCUGCCGGUUUUAUGAGCGUGUUUGCGCCUCGGUGAAUCGCCAUGCCCUCCGCGCUCAGUCCGUUUCCGCGGUCGUUCUCUCGCUCGGUUGUUUGCCAUCAGCACGAGCUGCACCGGCACGAGCAGCCUGUAAAACUCGCGUGAACUCGUGCAGCACCGGAGCUCGAGCCGCUCGCGCUUUCAGCACAUCAUUCACCAUCAGCCUCUCUCUCCUUCCUUCCAUCAGCUCCACUUCAUCCUCUCUCUCCUUCCUUCCAUCCAUCACCUCCACUUCAUCCUCUCUCUCCUUCCAUCCAUCCAUCCAUCACCUCCACUUCAUCCUCUCUCUCCUUCCAUCCAUCCAUCACCUCCACUUCAGCCUCCCUCCUGACUUUCAGCCCCUUCCUUCCUUCCUUCCUUCCUGCCUUCCUGCCUUGUUUUGGUUUCCAAGAAGCGCGUGCUUUUGUUUGUUUGUUUGUUUGUUUAUUUAUUUAUUUUAAAUCUCCUUCGACAUGUCCGUGUUAACGCGCUCGUGCAAAGCGGAUUGAUCAUUCAUUAGUAGCCUCUAAUUCUCGCACUGGCACGGAGGAAGGAAGGAAGGAAGGAAGGAAGGAAGGAAGGAAGGUGCAAAGUUUUCCUCGGACUCCCCAAACUCCAGUCCCUUUAUGAGCUUUCCAGUUCGGACGUGGUGACUUCAGGUGACUGUGAGCAGUGGAGCUGAGUCAUGAUGGACCAUCUCAGCGAGGCGUGCCUGGGGAAGGAGAACUGCGAGCUGGUGGGCGGCUUGAGCGACGCCAAAGGCCCUCCAGCCAAGAUCGCCAGGCUGGAACAGAACGGCAGCCCUCAGGGGCGCUCACGUCUGGGCAGCACCGGCGCCAAGCUCUCCGGAGUGGCCUUCAAACCCUCCCCACACCUGUUCAAGACCUCGCACAAGAGGGGUAACAUGCUGCCCGUGUUCUGCGUGGUCGAGCACUACGAGAACCCGAUAGACUUCGACAGCAGGGAAGAGCACGCCGAGUUCGUGCUGGUCAGAAAGGACAUGCUGUUCAACCAGCUGAUCGAGAUGGCGCUCCUCUCGCUCGGAUACUCUCACAGCUCCGCUGCACAGGCGAAAGGUAUGAUUCAGGUGGGCAAGUGGAACCCUGUUCCUCUGUCGUACGUGACCGACGCCCCUGACGCCACUGUUGCCGACAUGCUACAGGACGUCUACCACGUCAUCACGUUGAAAAUCCAGCUGCACAGUUGUCCUAAGCUGGAAGACUUGCCUCCCGAGCAGUGGACCCACUCAACGGUGCGAAACGCCCUCAAGGAGUUACUCAAAGACAUGAACCAGAGCUCUCUGGCUAAAGAAUGUCCUUUAUCACAGGAGAGAGAAAAAAGCAAGGCUGGUGAGGGAACGACUGUUUAUAGCUGCUAUAACAGUAUGAUAUCCUCCAUCGUGAACAGCACUUACUAUGCAAACGUGUCUGCGGCGAAGUGUCAGGAAUUUGGACGUUGGUAUAAACAUUUCAAGAAGACAAAAGACAUGAUGGUCGUGCGCCAACCCUCCCAGCUGGAGGGCUACCUGGGGACGUGCGUCCUCCAUGACAGCCCACGUGCCACCGCAGUAGCCGAAAUGGACGGCUUGUCAGAGCUCUCGCCACCCGGAACCAACCACCUGAGCUUCAGUCAGCAGCCCAUCCCGGGCAGCACGGCCGAGCAGCCCCCGUCCCCGGUGCCUCUGGCCCACAGCGGUCAGGCCCCAGGCCGUGCCCAGCUUCCCGGUCUCCACCCCGGCCUGGUGUCCAGCCCCAUCAGUCCUCAACUGGUCAACCAACAGAUUGUCAUGGCGCAGAUCCUGAACCAGCAGUACGCCGUGAACCGUCUCCUGGCGCAGCAAUCCCUGAACCAGCAGUACCUGAACCACCCGCCGGUCAGCCGGGCUCUCAGCAAGCCUCUGGAUACGCAGGUGUCCUCCAACACAGAAGUCUCCUCCGAGAUCUACCAAUGGGUGAGGGACGAGCUGAAGAGAGCCGGGAUCUCGCAGGCCGUGUUCGCUCGCGUCGCGUUCAACAGGACUCAGGGAUUAUUAUCGGAGAUCCUGAGAAAAGAGGAAGACCCCAAAACGGCGUCUCAGUCCCUGCUGGUGAACCUGAGGGCCAUGCAGAACUUCCUGCAGCUGCCCGAGGCCGAGAGAGACCGUAUUUAUCAGGAGGAGAGGGAGAGGAGUUUAACAGCGGCAUCCUCAAUGGGCCCCGCGCCGCUUAUUAGCACUCCUCCGACACGCCCUGUCCAGAGUGUAGGAGUGAACCAGAUGCUGCUUUCCAGUUCAGAUCCCAGAAUCAGCUGCUACUCCGACUCGCCUAGAAGAGAAGAAUGUAACAAUAUCAGACCAGAGGACUGGAACCCCAGGAUUCCAGUUGGGAUAUCUCCUGCGUCUCGGCUCCCUGCCCAGGUGAAGCCCCUGCCGUUGGCGUCCGAAUGGAAUGGCAAGCAGGAGAGCUCCAUCCUCAACAUCAGCUCGUCCAUCUACGACGAGAUCCAGCAGGAGAUGAAGAGGGCCAAAGUGUCACAGGCCAUGUUCGCCAAGGUCGCCGCGUCCAAGAGCCAGGGUUGGCUGUGUGAGCUGCUGCGCUGGAAGGAGGACCCGUCCCCGGAGAACCGCACGCUGUGGGAGAACCUGUCCAUGAUCCGGCGCUUUCUGAGUCUCUCGCAGUCAGAACGAGACGCGAUCUACGAGCAGGAGAGCAACGGAGGGCAGCAGCACCACACCGAGAGACCCACGCACCUGCUGCACAUGCCUACCGAGCCACUGCAGCCUCAGGCCCACCCUCCACCUACAGCCCAGCUCCAGCCUGCAUUGGCGCUGCCCCACCCGUCGCAGCCUCUCGUUUCCCAGCAGUCUCACCCUCAGCAGCAAACAGGACCGCGCCUCCCGCCUCGCCAGCCCUCCACCGCUGCACCCGCCGAGGCCGAGGACGAGUCGCGUCAGGCUAAAGGUCGCACCGGUGCCCGUAUCUCCUUGGAGGCGCUGGGAAUCCUACAGAGCUUUGUGCAGGACGUUGGGCCGUACCCAGACGACGAGGCCGUCCACACCCUCUCGGCUCAGCUCGAUCUGCCCCGGCAUACAAUCAUCAAGUUCUUCCAGAACCAGCGCUUCAGCGUGCGGCCUAAAGAGGUGACAUCGGGAAUCGCUCUACCUGCAGCCAGCGAGCAGGACGAGGUGAGCAUGACGGACUUCAAAGAAGGCGAGCUGCUCAAAGAACUGGACGAGAGCACGCAGACUACUAGCAUCUUCACCAUCAAGAUCGAGGAGCACGCGGGCGCUGAGGGACAGUGUCAGGCCGAGCAAGAAGUCAAAGAAUAAACCUCGAGCUCAGACUCUGAUUCUGAUCUCCUCCAGCAGUAGAACUGUCAGACUCUCAGCCCGGGACUGCGUAAUACCGAAGUAUUACCUUUUUGUAAAAGCCCUGUAUUAUUAUUAUUAUUCCACUGUAAAGAUUUGCGCAUCAUUAAAUAACCACACAAUGCACAAUGAAAAAAAAAACAUCAAAAAAAAAUAAUCUUAACUAUGUUGCCGUGGAUGUUUGCUGACUGCACUUGAUGUAUGUUGUUUUUACACUGAACUUCCAAACUACUGAUUUUAAAAGAAAAAAAAAAUCGACUCAGUCGAAAUUUGAUAGACUUUGAUAGAUGUUUACGUACGUGGUGUUAACUGGAUUAUUUUUCUUUUCUUUUAAUGCAACUGAUAAUAAAAUAAAAUGAAAUAAAAUCGGGGGCCUUAACGGUGACAAACUGCUGAAUAAGACAGCGUUUUCUUUACGAAGCGAAGGAUCACGCAGGAUCUGGCGCCCCUAAGACCUGCAGGUAGACUGGAGUUGACUAGUUCACUCUUUCAAUCUUUACUUAUAAUUUGUUUGGAGGAAAUAUAAAUAUAUAAAUAUAUAUAUAUAUAUAUAUAGACAUAUAUUAAUUGUAUAAAAAAUAUACAGUCUUAAAGAAACUAUGCCAACAAAUGCCUUGUACUAUAUGGCACUGCCGAUGUUAGAUUAUUUUGCGAAACCUUUGUCACUGUAAUUUUCAGGAUUUUUUCACACGGUUUAAAAAAAUGUGAAUCACAAUUUAUUCAUCGUCACACAUUAUUUAUUUGCAGCUUCGUCAUGCAGUUUUUCCUGAUGUAAUUACGUCAUUUUUGUCACGGCACAUUUUUUUUUUAUUUUAUUUUACUAUUUAUAAAUGUACGUUUGAUGGGCAGUAAAAAUCAAAGUGUCUUAAACGUUUUAAAUGGAAAAAUGUGCUUUAACGGUUGCCUAAAAAAAAAAAAAACAGAAGUGCUGUAUGUCAAGCGAGUCAUGCUACAAGCUUCACGAUUAAGAUUAAAUGUUGUAUGCAAUUUUUCCUCUCAUGCAAAUAAGCUUAGGAGAACGACUAACCUAUAGACCACCUUAGAGAAAAAAAAAAAAACAUAUGCAAUUUGUGUGGAAUUCGAUGUUUGCGAUGUGUCUUCCUUUGGUUAAACAAUACAAUUCAAAGCUAUUCCUGUAUAAAAUAUUCUGUAUAAAAAGGAGCGUUUGUUUUUUUAUGAGUUUAUCGCAAGGAGAACACCGGUUAUUUUGUUACGACUGACUGUUUUAUAAGUGUUUCUCGGUUUUUCCUCGAGCGAAACUGUUCUAAAUAGGAGUGGUUCUUGAUUGUUAAUGACACAAUUAAACUGUUUGUAUUGCA